GAACAUAAAAGAAAAUCAACACACUUAAGUACUCGAAAGAAAGUCCCACAAACCCAUACAGGCUCCUCCCCGCUCCUUCCUCGAAGAUCCGCCUCCAUCCUGUACCUCGGCUGUUGAUUUCUCUCCCCUUUGUUGAGUCGGCCAUCUGCCCGCCGGGCCUGGCGUUACCCAGAAAGCCCAGCGCUGGGAGGGGGUUUGUAGCUGCUCCGUCAUCGUGCGGCCUGACGGUAGCCCGCGCUCGUGUGCAGGCCCGGCUCGGUUCCUGGUCCCGGGCGCGAGGGUUCACGCGAGGCCCCGGCCUCGGCCCCGGCCCCUGAUCUAGGCCGCGACCCCGGGCGCCAUGAAGCAGGAGGGCUCGGCGCGGCGCCGCGGCGCAGACAAGACGAAGCCGCCGCCCGGCGGAGGGGAACAAGAACCACCACCGCCCCCGGCCCCCCAGGAUGUGGAGAUGAAAGAGGAGGCGGCAGCGGGUGGCGGAUCCACGGGGGAGGCAGACGGCAAGACGGCGGCGGCAGCGGCUGAGCACUCCCAGCGAGAGCUGGACACUGUCACCUUGGAGGACAUCAAGGAGCAUGUGAAACAGCUGGAGAAGGCCGUUUCGGGCAAGGAGCCGAGAUUCGUGCUGCGGGCCCUGCGGAUGCUGCCUUCCACAUCACGCCGCCUCAACCACUAUGUUCUGUACAAAGCGGUGCAUGGCUUCUUCACCUCAAACAAUGCCACUCGAGACUUCUUGCUCCCCUUCCUGGAAGAGCCCAUGGACACAGAAGCCGAUUUACAGUUCCGGCCCCGCACAGGAAAAGCUGCAUCGGCACCCCUCCUGCCUGAGGUGGAAGCCUAUCUCCAACUCCUCAUGGUCAUCUUUCUGAUGAACAGCAAGCGCUACAAAGAGGCACAGAAGAUCUCUGACGACCUGAUGCAGAAGAUCAGUACUCAGAACCGCCGGGCCCUGGACCUCGUGGCUGCAAAGUGUUACUAUUAUCACGCCCGGGUCUAUGAGUUCCUGGACAAGCUGGAUGUGGUGCGCAGCUUCUUGCACGCUCGGCUCCGGACAGCCACCCUGCGGCAUGACGCAGACGGGCAGGCCACCCUGCUGAACCUCCUGCUGCGGAAUUACCUGCACUACAGCUUGUACGACCAGGCCGAGAAGCUGGUGUCCAAGUCCGUGUUCCCUGAGCAGGCCAACAACAACGAGUGGGCAAGGUACCUCUACUACACAGGGCGCAUCAAAGCCAUCCAGCUGGAGUACUCAGAGGCCCGGAGAACAAUGACCAAUGCCCUUCGCAAGGCCCCUCAGCACACAGCUGUCGGCUUCAAACAGACGGUGCACAAGCUUCUUAUCGUGGUGGAGCUGUUGCUGGGGGAGAUCCCCGACCGGCUGCAGUUCCGUCAGCCCUCCCUCAAGCGCUCGCUCAUGCCCUACUUCCUCCUCACCCAAGCUGUCAGGACAGGAAACCUAGCCAAGUUCAACCAGGUCCUGGAUCAGUUUGGGGAGAAGUUUCAAGCAGAUGGGACCUACACCCUGAUUAUCCGACUGCGACACAAUGUCAUUAAGACAGGUGUACGCAUGAUCAGCCUCUCCUACUCCCGAAUCUCCCUGGCCGACAUCGCCCAGAAACUACAGCUGGAUAGCCCCGAAGAUGCAGAGUUCAUCGUUGCCAAGGCCAUCCGGGAUGGCGUCAUUGAGGCCAGCAUCAACCACGAGAAGGGCUACGUCCAGUCCAAGGAGAUGAUCGACAUCUAUUCCACCCGAGAGCCCCAGCUGGCCUUCCACCAGCGCAUCUCCUUCUGCCUGGACAUCCACAACAUGUCCGUCAAGGCCAUGCGGUUCCCUCCGAAAUCCUACAACAAGGACCUGGAGUCCGCAGAGGAGCGGCGUGAGCGAGAGCAGCAAGACUUGGAGUUUGCCAAAGAGAUGGCGGAAGAUGACGACGACAGCUUCCCUUGAGCUAGGGGGCUGGGGAGGGGUGGGGUGAGUGGGGACCGGCUCUCUUUCCCCCUUGGGGGUCCCCUGCUCGAGGAACUGGCCCCCUUUUCCCACACACACAGCUCACAGACUGCAGGGGGCGAGGGGUGCUGGGAGCCGGCCACCCCAACCUCACCCAGGGCCCCUUCCCAGCCAGUGACUUAGCACACGGCGGACAGGAGGGCGGGCAGGUGGCCCCCCCAGGGCAGGGUCCUGGCUGGUGGUGUGGGCAGCAGGAGGGUGGUAGUAGCCUUGUGCUGCUCUCUAGGGAGGAGAGCACUGGAAUUGGGACAUGUUGGGUUGUAUGUUUUUUGAAGCUUCAAUUACAAUUUUUAAACAAUAAAAAGUUCUCCAAAGCUC